AUGACUUACGUCAGCAACAAUAGCUUAGAUAUAUUCAUUCUGUCUCAUACUACUACUACUACUACUACUACUACUACUACUACUACUACUACUACUACUACUACUACUACUACUACUACUACUACUACUACUACUACUACUACUACUACUACUACUACUACUACUACUACUACUACUACUACUACUACUACUACUACUACUACUACUACUACUACUACUACUACUACUACUACUACUACUACUACUACUACUACUACUACUACUACUACUACUACUACUACUACUACUACUACUACUACUACUACUACUACUACUACUACUACUACUACUACUACUACUACUACUACUACUACUACUACUACUACUACUACUACUACUACUACUACUACUACUACUACUACUACUACUACUACUACUACUACUACUACUACUACUACUACUACUACUACUACUACUACUACUACUACUACUACUACUACUACUACUACUACUACUACUACUACUACUACUACUACUACUACUACUACUACUACUACUACUACUACUACUACUACUACUACUACUACUACUACUACUACUACUACUACUACUACUACUACUACUACUACUACUACUACUACUACUACUACUACUACUACUACUACUACUACUACUACUACUACUACUACUACUACUACUACUACUACUACUACUACUACUACUACUGCUACCACUACUGCUAUUACUACUACUGCUACCACUACUGAUAUUAUUACCGUUUUCAGUACUCUGGUACCUCUCAGUGCUGAUGUGCUGUGGCAUCUUUAA